CGGUGCGACCGCCUGUGGUAACAGAUCCACCACUCUAACCCAUUGUAUUUUUGAGUUUUGACAAAUGACAAGUGUUUACUUCGUUCAUUGAAAAAGCGAAGAAUUUUCCAGCAAAUCUUCGAAAAUGUAAAUUACGUGUAUUCCAACAUAAGGUACUUGCCAACUUCGAAAAAUGUUCGACAGCCCCACAACCCUGCGAGAAAUUUGUUUAGAAUUCAUUUGUGAUAAUAUCCUAAGGGUCUUCGAAUUAUAUUACGAAACCAAUUCCGUCACACCGAUACGUUCGGUCGAGUCCGAGGCGAUCGUACAGAAAAAGUUACGCUUUAAAGAUAGCGACCUGUUUUUAUUUAACGAGAUAUCCGAAAGCCUGCUAUCGAAGUUCGGAGAAAGGCACCUGCUGUCCGAUUCGACGCUUAGCUUGUUCGCCGAGAAGAACACACGUUUGCGAACCGUCAAAAUAAAGAAUGCGAAGAAGUUGACGUAUGAGGGUCUGAAAAUUUUGCGACAGCACAAAAUCGUGCACUUGGAGUGCGUGGGGUUGAAAAGCGUGUGCGUUAACAAGAUUUUAGACUGCUUGGGGGAAUGGUCGAGGCAAAACAUUACCAGUCUCAAUAUUUCCGAAUGUUCUUUUAUAGACUCGUCAAGGCACUGUUUGAUGAUUGCGUUGACUCACUUGAAGAAUUUGCAUAGCUUAAACGUUUCGUAUACCGAAUUUAAUCAGCAGACGUUGAAGUUAAUUUGCGACGAUUUAAAACUAUUGGAAAAGUUGGACAUUUCCGGCACGUCGGUGUACGAUUUGACACCGCUACUGCAAUACGCCGACACCUUAGUGAGCCUUACUUUAGCGGACUUCAAAUUGAGCAAGGCGUUGGCGUCGACCGUCGUUAAGCUCGGCGGUCUCAGACACCUGGACGUGAGCGUGUCGAGCGACAAGCUCGACAUGUCCGAUUGCAGUGGCAUUCAGGAGGUCCUCGAGCACGAGGAGGCGUUGCCGAAUCUGGUCUCGCUCGAACUGUCGGGCUGGCGUGACUUUGCCUCGAAGGAGACGUUGGACGCCUUCUUGAGGAAGCACGCCAAGUUGCGCUACCUGGGAUUGGUACUGAAUUGGAUCGUCGUCGAUCCGCAGUACUGCGAUCCGGAGCAUGUCGAUUUCAAUCCAAAUUUGGUGAUCGCUGGUGUCGGCAGCGAAAGCCAAAUAAAGGUGACUCUGCAGAAGCAUUACGAGCGAGCGAAUUACGUCCAAAAAGCGCUAUACCACCUGUUUCAAUUGACGAGCACGUUUCAAGAGGCGAGACCGGACGUAUUCGCGCUGGUUCUUCCCGCCAUGGAAGCGCAUCCGACGAAGUUCGGCGUGCAGAUGGCGGCGACCGCCUGCGUUUACAAUCUGACGCGCGGCGAGCUUUCGAAACGGAUACACCCGAAGUUGCUGAGUCGAGGUGUAAAUUUGACCUUGAACGCGAUGAUGCAGUUCCCGGACGAGUAUCAGCUGCAGAAGAACGCGCUGCUCACGCUCUGCAGCGAUCGCAUCCUGCAGGAGGUGAGCUUCGAUCGUUUCCGUUGCGCCAAGCUCGUACUCGACUCGCUGUGCGCGUUCGAGGGAAGCAACAUGAACCGGAUGGCGGUCGCCAUAUGCAGCAUACUCGCCGCGAAAGUGUCUACGGACGAGACCUCGGAGCUCGGCGCUCGACCGAACUACAUGCGCAAGCUGCUGUCGAUGGUUCAAAGUCGGAUGGAAACCAAAGUUUCGGAUAUCACGAUGAAGUUUACGCUCAGCGCCUUGUGGAAUCUAACGGAUGAAAGUGCGGCGACGUGUACAGUAUUUUUGGAGCAAGGUGGGGCUACGUUGUUUUUAAACGUACUAAAAACAUUCCGCUUCGAUAGCGCGAUCGAAACGAAAGUGUUAGGUCUUUUAAAUAAUAUCGCAGAAGUAGAGAAGCUGCGUAUGAGUUUGAUGUUGAACUCCUUAAUUGAAGAACUUUAUUCGUUGUUAAAAUCGGAUCUAAUUGACGUGAGCUAUUUCGCGGCGGGAAUCGUUGCUCAUUUAGCAUCGGACGGUCCCCUCUAUUGGUCCGUCAAUAAAUUCACUCGGGACGAAAUGCUAGUCGAAUUGCGCAACGCCGUUUCACAAUGGAAAGUGCCCGACAGCGAGAUGGUAGCCUACCGAAGUUUCAAACCUUUUUUCCCCUUGAUGAGGCCCGAGAUGGACUAUCCGAUACAACUGUGGGCCGUGUGGGCGAUUCACCACGUCUGCACGAAAAAUCCUUCACGUUACUGCCUUAUGCUAAGGGAGGAGAAGGGUGUCGAAUACUUACUGGACCUGUUAGCCGAUGCGAAAACGCACGAAGAUAUUCGGAGCUUGGUUGGCCAGAUUUUGCAGCUGCUUAAAGUACAUUUCUGAGUAGGCGUCAUUGUGAUAUUUUUUUAUUAACGUUGUACAUAAACGCGAUCAGUUUUAGGAAAAUGUAAAGCUUGUAUUAAUUGUUAUUUUAUCAAUUUUAUUGUUUAUCGUUCAGAUCACUAUUGUCAACGUUGCUUUUACUCGCUACAAAAAAAAACGAUUUCGAUAAAAUAAUUUUUAUAUCAUGUGCCAAAUAAUGCUCCGUUUUUCGAUUCUAGUCAAAUAAAUUAUUCGAAGUUUC